AUUGAUUUAGAAGCAUCUCCUAGGGUCUCACCUAGGGAAAAAGCCGGCGUGGGUAAAACGCUGCGGGGCACAAUAUCGGGCUCUUCUUCUUCAUCUUCUUCCUCAGCAGCGGGUGCCAUGACUUCGCGAAACAAAAGCGCUUCGACAAAAGGUGCUGCCGAUCAACCACCCACUAUGACUGCAACAACGAACUCCACUGCCUCGUCAGCAGCCACUUACGGCGGCCCACCGGUCAUCCCACCUACAUCUUCCACUGCAACUGAGACCACAUCAAACACACACGAGAACACGACGAAGACAGCGCGGCUUGCUCGUACGCAUUCUAGUACAGCUUCCGCGGGUAGCAGUGUUAGCAGCAUCGCGAAGAACUUUUUGGGGUCGAUGAGUGAUACGUUGUUUAGCUCGCGAUGGUUUUCGACACCUAGGAUGGAUAACGAC